UUCUCUUCCACUUCCCACCCCACACUCCCCACCCCCCCUCUCUCUGUUUCCCCUUUUGGGGUCCUCUGUUUUCAGGUUGAUUUAUCAGAUUACAUUUUUCGGCUGAUAAAUCAUAUAAAAUCCCACCGGCAUUGCCAUUUCCCCCUACGAUUCCUUCAAAUUCCGAUGGAAAUUUCCGUUUCCGCCGUGGUUUUGCUGGUGGUGAUUCUGGCUCCUUGUUCUGCCCUAGCCGGCCACGACUACGGCCAAGCCCUGAGAAAGAGCAUUCUGUUCUUCGAAGCUCAGAGAUCCGGCUACCUCCCCCACAACCAGCGGGUCACGUGGCGCGGCAACUCCGGCCUCCUCGACGGCAAGGCCAGCGGGGUGGAUCUGGUGGGAGGAUACUACGACGCCGGCGACAAUGUGAAGUUCGGAUUGCCGAUGGCGUUCACGGUGACGAUGAUGAGUUGGAGCAUUAUUGAAUACGGGAAGCAAAUGGGCGCCAAUGGCGAACUCGCCCAUGCCCUAGACGCCGUCAAAUGGGGCACCGAUUACCUCAUUAAGGCUCACCCUGAACCCAGUGUUCUAUUCGGAGAGGUGGGAGAUGGUAACACGGACCACUACUGCUGGCAGCGGCCGGAGGACAUGACCACCGACCGGCGAGCUUACAAGAUCGACCCGAGCAACCCCGGGUCGGAUCUCGCCGGAGAAACCGCCGCCGCCAUGGCCGCCGCCUCCGUCGUCUUCCGCCACUAUAACCCCGGCUACGCCAACGAGCUCCUCUCCCACGCCCGCCAGCUGUUCGAGUUUGCAGACAAAUACAGAGGAAAGUACGACAGCAGCAUUACAGUCGCCCAGAAGUACUAUCGAUCCGUCAGUGGCUACAAUGAUGAGUUAUUAUGGGCAGCUGCGUGGCUUUAUGAAGCAACAAACAACCAAUAUUACUUGAAUUACCUUGGAGAAAAUGGUGAUUCCAUGGGAGGAACUGGUUGGAGCAUGACUGAAUUUGGCUGGGAUGUCAAAUAUGCUGGUGUUCAAACCCUUGUUGCCAAGUUCUUGAUGCAAGGAAGAGCGGCUCACCACGCGCCGGUGUUUCAGAGGUACAAGGAGAAGGCUGAAAAUUUCUUGUGCUCUUGCAUGAGGAAAGGGACUCGCAAUGUUCAGACCACGCCCGCCGGUCUCAUCUUCCGUCAGAGAUGGAACAACAUGCAGUUCGUUACCAGCGCUUCCUUCCUCGCCACCGUCUACUCCGACUAUCUCUCUUCCUCUGGCGCUAGCUUGAAGUGCGCUGCCGGCAACCUCCAACCAUCCGAACUUAUCGCCUUUGCGAAAUCUCAGGUGGAUUACAUUCUUGGGGACAAUCCGAGAGCCACGAGUUACAUGGUGGGAUAUGGAAACAAUUACCCACGACAAGUUCACCACAGGGCAUCUUCCAUUGUUUCAAUCAAGGUCAAUUCUGCCUUUGUCAGCUGCAGGGGUGGCUAUGCAACAUGGUAUAACAGGAAGGCAAGCGACCCCAACCUCCUCACUGGCGCCCUUGUGGGUGGACCUGAUGCCUAUGACAACUUUGCUGAUGAAAGGGACAAUUACGAGCAGACUGAGCCUGCUACCUAUAACAAUGCUCCAAUUCUUGGCAUUUUAGCUAGACUCAGCGGUGGACAUAGUGGCUACAAUCAGCUCCUUCCAGUGCUUCUUCCUCCGGCCAAUCAUCCAAAUCCAACUGCACAGCCCAAGACAGUUCCAUCUCCAGUAUCAUCUUCAUCUUCGAUUGCCAUAGAGCAGAAGAUGACGACUUCCUGGACUGCUAAAGGAAAUACUUACUAUAGAUACUCUACAAAAGUGAUCAACAAGUCACCGAAAACUCUCAAAGAUCUCAAACUUUCUAUAUCCCAACUUUACGGUCCUCUCUGGGGUCUGGAGAAAUCUGGUGAUUCAUAUGUCUUCCCAUCUUGGCUCAACUCAUUAGCUGCUGGAGAAAGCCUCGAGUUCGUCUACAUUCACACUGCUCCUCCAGCCAACGUCUCGGUCUCCAGCUACACUCUCUCCUAAAUGGGGGAGAAUAAUAUCAGAAACCAAACCAAGGAGAUAUACCAGCACAUACAGCCUUUUGCAGCUUAUGGAGUGGUGUAAGAAUUGUGCAGUUAUAUAGAUAGCGAAGUCCAGAGCGGUCUCUUUCUCACCAGUUUUUUUCAAAAGAAAGUCAAUAUUUACCAGUUUUUUUCAAAAGAAAGUCAAUAUUUACGCGUGAUAUGGAUUUGCUUAGGUUUUUAGAUGCAAUUAGUUUAAAUAAUGGUGCUGAAUUUGGGGGAAGAAAGGAGAGAAGAGAGUUUGAAAAUGGUGCUCAUCCUCUUUCUCCACCUCUUCAGCGCUUUAUAGACAGAAUGAAUAGCUGAGUGCCAGAGAAAAGCCAACAAAAAAUGGCCUUCUCAAAGGAUUUGCAAGAGAGAGUUCUCAUUUCUUUGUACUGUGAAGUAAGUAGUUUUGUGUAUCUUUUUAGAAUGUGUGCCUUUUGCUACAGUUUCUUGAUUCACACUCAAAUAUAGUUUGUGAAACAUGGUGUGCUUUUGCUGUAUCUUGUUUUUAAGAUAGUAAUUCAUUACAAUACUGAAAGCUCUGUGUCUUCUUUUUAAUGCUAAA